AUGUACGGUGACACCCUGAGUGACCGUGACAAGUUCCUGCAGGUGAAGUUGGUGGCUGGAUGUUUGUCGGCAGGCAUCCCGCUUCAUGCCCUUGCCGACCCGCAGAUGAAGGCCUUCUUCGACUUCGCGAACAUCUGCUUGCCGGGAGACAAUCAUCUCGCCGAGCACAUCCCGUUCCUGCUGAAAAAAGAGCUUGGUACGACCCUGUCGGAGCUUGGGAACGGGAAUUACACGGUGUGCUUCGACGCCACGCCCUACCGUUACGAGUGCUUCGGCAUCGGGCUACGAUUCAUCGAUCAGAAAGGCCAGAUCGCACAAGCACAAUAG